CCUACGUAUGUUUCCGUCCAUCUGUAGAAGUUACAAUGUAUUGUUUCUACUUUAAUUGACUGUCUCUGUCGUAUUGUAAACAACAAUGAAGUAAAUCUGAAAAUUGUUCAAAGUUCAAAAUAGAGAACCAACAACGAAUGCUGACGAAGAUAUAAGACAUUCCACAGAACCAAUGGACCGGAAUACUGACGAAAACUUGGAACAUUCUACGGAACAAAUGGACCAGAAUACUGACGAAGACUUGGAACAUUCUACAAAACAAAUGGACCAGAAUACUGCCAAUCGGAUGACACAGUCCAAAGAAAUGGGAAGUGAAUAUAAUGAUGAAGGGACACAAGAUGUUUUUGGCUAUACAGAUCUGACGAGAAUAAGGUCGUCUUUACAUGACAUUGCUGGAUAUGACACACUGGAAGAUCAAAGUAAUGGAUAUACAGAACUAAGGAAAUCCAUAUCCUCAAAAGAUCAAAAUAAUGGAUAUUCAGAACUAAGGAAAUCCAUAUCCUCAAAAGAUCCAAAUAAUGGAUAUACAGAACUAAAGAAAUCCAUAUCCUCAAAAGAUCAAUAUGAUAUACUUGGAGAACACAAUAUAUAUGACUACAGUACUGUUUUAGAUUCAACAACAAAAACUGGACGUAAUAGUGCUGAAAGGGAAGACAGCGUUGAAUGCCCUAGAGAUCAUGAGAACAAAUCAGGAACAUCUGGGCAAAAAUAUAGAAAUAUCGCUCAACAAAAUCUGAAAUAUCAUAAUGAACAACUGCACAUUUAUACUGGAAACAAACAUAGCUUAGAUUCUGCAAAAUCUGGAAUCAGAAAACAAAUAUCAGAAGAAAGCAGCGUUAAUAACGAACCAGAUUACUCUUAUGUAAGGGGAUUUACAGAGCGUCAGAAUGUUCAAAAUGUGGUACAAAAUUUAAACAAAGAUUUCGUUCCUACGAGUCAAGAUAAUGAUACUCACCAGGAUAUGCCGAGGGAAGAAUGUGUUAGUAAACCACACAAUGAAAGAACAAAUAAAAGCAACAACAGAAACACUGUAAUUCCAAGGGCUCGGCUUAUUGGUGUAAUUAUUGUCGUCCUUGCAAUCUUUGUUGGUUGUUUAUCCUUAGUUUUAAGUCUCAAAGGAAAACCAAAAAACUGUAACUCUCCAGGCUUAAGAACCCAGUCGUUAGGAUUAGCAGGCCUAGCAACACAGCCGUUAAAAUUAGCAGCAGAUUGCUACCAAACGAACAGCACCCAGUAUUUUGGAACAAUUAACUAUACAGUGAGUGGUAGGGCUUGUCAGAUUUGGAGUAGGAAUUUUCCUCAUAUAGCAUAUUUCCUUCCUGAUAAUGACGAGGACAUGAACACAAGCUAUUGUAGGGACAACCAUCAUUACACGCAUGGUACACCAUGGUGUUAUACAGAGGACCCUAAUUUCCGCUGGGAAUUUUGUCCAGUAUUUAAAUGUAAUGACUGUACUAUGCCGCCAGUAGCAAAACCAGGAACAAUAGUAAGUUAUAAUAUAACAUAUGGAGUUGUAGCUGCCAUAUACACAUGCCAGUCUUUUAAGCCAGGAGUGUCUGUUCCACAUUGUCCAAUAUCUACAUGUACCAAUGGUAACCAUUGGUCGGAGUUCAACACAUCUUGUUCUGUUGAAGAUCGGUAUCUUAAUAGCACUACAUACAACGGAAAAGUGUCCUGUACAGUUGAUGGAACAACCUGUAUGAUUUGGAAUCUACAAAAAAACUCUCGUUUACCUAUCAACUCAGAUGAUCAUGUGACAAAUUACUGCCGGGAUCCAGACGGAAAAGGACAGCCAUGGUGUUAUGUAGAUCAUCAAUUGAAAUCAUGGGAAUUUUGUUAUGUUCCAAAGAGAUGAAGUAGUAUAUCACCAGAAAAAAAUAUCCGUAAAAGCUCUGUCUUUCAUACGCAAAAGAGGCGCGCUUUCCACCAUAAUCAGUUUUUGUUUUCAGUUAUUAAAGUUUGUGGAAUUUAAUUUUUAAAAUAUAUAUAUUGUGCUUAAAAGAAUUUCAAACAUUAUAUAUUUAUCCGUUAAAAAAUAUUAAUGUUAGCGAGCUCAAAAUAUUGCUAUGUUGAUAGAUUAUUGCAAACUUCACAUUGAUAUACAAUUUUGCAUGCAUCAAAUAGUAUUUAAAACCACACAACUUCAAUUUUAUAUUUAAAAAAUGUGCAUAGAUAUCCUUUCGUUAUAAUUUGUUAGUUUGAAAUGUCCUUUGCUUUCAGUUUUGAGAUAAAAAUCAAAAUUUUCCAAAAAAUUUUAAAAGUACAGGUCUAUAUUUAUCUUACUUUUCUUAUAUUCUCUAUUAAUUACUUUGGAAAUUAUUAAGAAACUAAUGUUACUAAGACAAAUGCGACCUGAGAUGAAUUUGGCUAUACUUUUCAGGUUCCUUUUGGUCUUGACGUUCCCGACGUGUUCAGUUUUUAGUACAUCUUUGGCUUUCAAAUGUUUGGUUUUGAGCGUUCCUGGUGAAGAUAAAUCCAGAAAAGCGUUUUAAAGUGUUACUUAUAUAUCGAAGAGCAUUUAUAAAUUUAUAAAACUGAAAAAUCACACAAAAAGCUAAGAUAUUAUAUUUAGAUGUAGAUUUAAAUCCCUUUUUUGAAAAAGACCCCGAGUCGCAGUUUGGGAGCAAUUAUUAUAUCCCCAUGAUAAAUACCUUUUUAAAAGGUUAUUUUUUCGUUACCCACUAUUUCUUUUCGUUAUGGAUAUUGCUGCUUUCCUGGUCUUUCGUUAACAGAUAUUUCAUAUUUUUAUUUUUCUUAUCAGUGUAUAGUCACUCUUGAUAAAUAAAACUAAAACAAAGUGACUAUUCUUCGUUUUAAUACUUUUCUUUGAUCACUAGUUUGGUAUAUUGAAAUUGCCAUACUGUGUGCUGUUGUAUCUAUUCAUGUUGAAUUUCUACUCGCCUGAAAAUAAAAUUGAAACCUAUCCAAUCCUCUUUAAGGCAUCCUUUCAGAGCAUGUGAUUACUAAAAAAUAUAGCUCAUGAUUCAAGUAUGAAAUGCAUACCUUAUUUUCGAAGCGAUGUGUAUAUACUUCUCUAAUACUAUCUUUUUAAGGUAUACUAGAACACACACGCGUAAUUUGGUUCGUAUUGUCAUCUGACAAAGUCGUGCUGAUUAUAAGGUGCACAGUUUUCUCUGCUUUCAAAAUCUUUCCGUUUGAACCCGUUCUGGCUUUCUUACUACAACCGGAAACUACAUGUGAAUUGAAUUUAGUAGUGUAAAUCCCUGUAUAAUGACGAAGUUCAUGUGUGAUUCUGACCCGUGUAUAUAGCAAAUCCCAAUUACACCGUUUGGUGGUGCGCCUGACAUAGGCGGAACGUACAGAUUAAGUAACAGGUAACAGGUGACAUAUGCUAUUGUUUUCUGCUCUUUGGUCGGGUUGUUGUCUCUUUGACACAUUCCCCAUUUCCAUUAUCAAUUUUAUUUGUUAUUGGUAUCGGAAUGGGAUUCGACCCGGAACUUGUUUAUUAUUGGUAAUAUUAAUUAUGUGGAAAACAAAAGGGCCUGGAGUGGUGUAAUUUUUAAUCAAAACCAUAACCAUUGUCCUAUAUUAGUUAUAUAUAAUGAUUCGUCGUUUUUACGUCAUGCCGGCUAACGAAUUGGACCUCGUUAUUUUAGUAGUAUAAAUACUAUAUUUUGUUGAUGCUAAACAAAUUUCAUAUAUCAUUAUUGAAUUUGAAAACUGUUCUUUUUGUCUACUUCCUUAAUUUUGUUUUACUGUAACGCCAAUGUUUAACAUCUCUCUCUUUUGUCUUUGACAUUUGCGUAACAGUGCCCGGACAGAAAUUGAAAAGGAAACGGCGCCAGUGGAUCCGGAAGGUCACUCGACAGUUUUUGUACUUUUUGUCUACGUUUUUGUGUGCUUUCUAUUUUUUUUUUUUUUAAUUCACAAUUCACUUCUGCAUAAUAUGUUUCCAAUAAAAUACAUAAGUUGU